AUGGCCUCCGUUAAUCGGCCGACGAACAACGCCGUCAAGGAGAAGGACAUCAACCAGAAACUCCAACUCUACGGCAUCUACCAAGCUUUUGCCAACGGCAAAGUGCCCUCCAACAAGCAGAUCGAUGUGGCCUUGAACAGUGCACUCGAUUCCAAGGCACUCUCCUCACCUUCGCCAAAACUCUCUGAGGAGGGCCGCAAGCUGGUUGGGGAUCUGAAAGAAGUCAUUCGCCAGGCCAAAUACCUGCUGCUGUCCAAGAACGAUGGAAAUCUACUUCAAGAGUUCAUCUGGGACACCCAACACCUCGACGGCAGCAACGCCAGCCUUCCCAAUGCCCCAACGGACAAGGCGACUGCUCAACAGCACGGAGAUGAAGCUUUAGAAGGUCUCAAGACCCUCGGCAGACUCAUUUUGUCGAACGGUCAAUUCCGCAAAUUGCUCAAUGAUGCUGUCAUUCUGAUGCGGGAUGUUGCCGGUGAUGCUGCUCAGAAUGUCGCCAGCCGCGUGAAUCCUUCCGAAGACCAGCUGAACCAAAUCGACCACCCCGCGGAAGACAAUACCUGGCAUGACGUUCCUGAUCUGUCCAGGGCGAACUUGAAGAGCCAGGCGCGUGACGCUUACAACCAAAACAAGCCUUUCAGCAGAGAGGAAGCCAAGGACGCCGCCCAACAGGGGCUAGACACCGCUCAACAGCAUCCUACCCAGGACAACCAAGAAGCCGGACGCGUAGGGCUACAAAACGCGACUGAGACCCUGAGAGACCGUGCGCAGCAGAAUAUUCCCGAUGAGCGUCAGGAAGAUGUCAGGAAGGCUAAAGAAGCCACAUCUCAGCAUACCAAGAACUACCUCAACAAGAAGGUGCCCCAAGAGCGCCGGGACCAAGCUAUCUGGCGUCUUAAGAAGAUGGUGGUGGAAAUCCAGGGUCACUCUGACUAUCGUCAAGCCAUUGAUACGCUGCUCUCUCUUGCCGAGACAUACGGAGGUCACGCCAACAACAUACAGUCGCAGUCCACUGGGACUAUUAAAGGUGCUCAUGAAGAUGAUCGCUUGAAGAGUGCUGAAGCUAACUUGAAGGUUCGUACAGCCGCUUACCGUGACAACAAGCAUGCGCUGACCAAAUUCAAGACGCUGAUUGAACGCUUCGCCAACUACACAAGCACUGAUGACUUCUUUGACGCCUUGAACAACAUCUACCGAGAUGCCGAUCGCGACCCGGAACUCAAGGACUGGUUCAAGGCUGUGGACAGAUACAUCCGCAAAUGCCUGCAAGAACAAGGAUACAUUCUCCAAGACGAAGCUACCGAUGAAUACAACCGGCUCCGCGAGAAAGGCCGCUUCCUUCUCCGCGACCGCUACCGAAACCACACCGACCGCAUUCUCGAUGAGAUUAAAUUCCUCGGCGAUCAGUUCGACCAGGAUCCUCAGAACAAGGCCUUUGGCGAUGCUGUCCAGAAACUCUUCCUCGACCUGGGUAACGACGAGAAUGGCAAAGCAACAUUUAAGCCGCAUUUGAUCAAAGAUCUCACCGAGGUUAUUAUCCCAGAAAUCUUUGAGAACACUCGCUAUAUUCCGAUCCCCCGAAUUGAAGUCUCGGACCCCAUGAUCGACGCUGUGGUUGAGAACCUCGUGAUCGAGAGUGAUAACCUGUUCCCCAACAUCUUCGAGUUCGGCAGUGACAAUUACUUCCGCAUGGGUCGCAAGGGAGUGUCCAACAAGAGGGAGAACAAAGUCACAAUCGCAGGUUCCGGCAUUCAAAUGGAUCUCCAAGACGUGGCGUACUACAUCAAAAAGAAGCAAGGCUUUCCAUCCAUCACCGACAAGGGUGUCAUGGACAUCUUCCUCGGUGGCGAAGGCUUCAGUUUCAAGAUUUCUGCGCGAAAUGCUAAUGCCAAAGACCGCACCCACUUUGUUGCCGUGGACAAGGUCGACGUUACCAUCAAGAACCUGAAUGUCAAGGUCAAGCAAUCCAACCAUAAGUUGCUGUUCAAGAUUGCCAAGCCAUUGCUGCUGAAGACAAUGAAACCAGUGAUUCAGAAGGUGUUGGAGAAACAAAUCAAAGACACCUUCAUUAAAGCGGAUGCUUUCGCUUACCGUGUUCAUCAAGACGUACAGAGCGGCAAGCAAGCGGCCUUGGAGGAUCCUGAGAAUGCUCCGAAUAUCUGGCAAUCUUACUGGAACUCUUACCAGAAGAUGUUGACAGAGAAGAAGGAGAAGGCCAAGAAGGUUGCAUCCAAGACCAAUGUCAAUGUGGCCAUGACGAAGCAAGACUCCAUGUUCAAGCACAUUAGCUUGCCAGGCGGAGUGUCAACCAAGGCAACAGAGUACAAGGAACUUGCUGCCAAAGGCGAUCGCUGGGAAUCUCCAGUCUUCAGCAUUGGCAAUGCGAAGGAGUCAACCGACCUUCCCAAGUCGAAAUCUGUCUCACGCAAACCACACAGUACAGCAUCUGGUACUAUUCGUGGUGGCAACCACCCCAAUGACGAUAAUUUGUCGUCUGUCACUGGUACAACUGUCACUAGUAACGUUGCGGGAACAGCUCCAGCAGGAACAACAGGGUUUAGCAAUCAAGUUGAACGUGCCUUCGACACAAACAAGGAUAUCACCAAUGGCGGAGUUAAUGUUGGCGGCAAUGUGACAAACGGCAGUGCCAACAAGACUUAUUACGAUGGUGUGACUUCCCAGUAG